AGUUUAUUAGGUAUUUGCACGCCAUCUGAAGAACAACGAACGCCAGCUAUCGAUCGCAAGUUUAGCCCGUCGAAUCGUUUCGAAUUCGUAUUUGGAAUGAACCACAAUAAAAUCGCCACAAAUAAAGUAAACAGUCCAAACAAGUGCCUAGCGACAAAUAAGCAAACCAACUGCAACGCAUACGGAACAAACAAAAACACAAAUAUUUCCCAUAACUGCACUAAAUCUACGAAGUCGAAACAAAGUUAGGCGUAUUUUUUUUACCAGAAACACUUAAACAAUUUUUACAAAAAACGGAUAUUAAUGCAAUCAGUUCGAGACAAGCAGACAGCAAGCGGAAGACUUAAGGAGAUAACAACUUAUAGAGGCCAUAAUCAAAGGAAUAAAGCACCAUCAGCCAGCGAUGAGAAGGAACGUCUUCAAUGAUAAACCUUCGAAAACUUUUAGAAAAUAGCAAACAUCCCAAUAAACCACAACAAUUAUAAAACGCGAGAAAGGAUUUGGUAAAUCAUCUAAAACCAGUUCAACAAACAACACAUAUAGUAAACAUUAAAUAUUAAAUCACAAGUUUUAGAAGGCAAACAAAGAUAAAAACUCUUAACACCAGUUAAAUAAAAUAUACUAAAAGAACUGCAACCAAAAAAUAACAUACAAUUAAAUGAAAUUAAAAGCCAUAAAGAAACUUAAAGCCAUUGGAAACAAGCCAUAAAAGCGGUCCAGAACCUAAAUAUUAAACACAAACCAAAAUUCAAAUUCCGCGCCAAACGACCACACUGCGCAACACACGAGCGCUGCAUCCCUGGACUUCAGCCGCAUUCCAACACUGCAGGACUGUCAGCUGUCAGUUUUCCUGUGUGUGUGCGCGCGUAAGUGUGUGCGUGCACUUAAGAAACUUAAAUUCGCGUUCUUGGCCAAAAAAAACCCGGGUUUUUAAUAAGUUAUAGCGUUUUCCUCGACUGAGAACUUGGCCCCCAGGCAGACGGGCACAAAAACCGCCCCAGAAACGCGCCCGCCGCCGCCAAAAAGGCCGAAAACGCCAGCGAAACGCGCGCGUUGAGUGUUUUCUGUGUGGUUUUAUUUUUGGAAUAUAAAGCGAUCUGAUCUGAAAAGUGUGCCGCGGCCGGAUUCUAGAUAUUCAGAUUCCCAGCACCCGAAACCCAAACGCAAUAAUAGACGCGCGCGGUGCCUUGGAUCUCUACGGCUCCACGGUGGAGAACUUUUACCUCAGAAUGGAUCCGACGCGAGGUGACUCGCGGUACAAUCUCAACUACUCGAUGAGUAGCAUAGGGCUGAGCCUGGCGGAUCCGGCGGACAUGUACGGCAACCCGGCCCUGGGGGCGGGCCGCCCGCCCUCCGGUGGCCUGCUCCAGAACAUGGGCGGCGUUCCGCCGAUGCAGCGCCCCAAUCCCGCGGCAGGAGCACCCCCUGCCCCGCAGUGCCAAACGCUCCACAGCCCACAGCACGCCUCCCAGCAGCAGCAGCAGCAACAACAGCAGCAGCAGCAACACCAGCAGCAGCAACAACAGCAGCAGCAGCAUCCCCAGCAGCAACGCGGCCUUAAGCGCUCCGGCAGCGACUGCUACGAGGAUCACCACCGCUCGUCCGGCGGACUCACCCUCCAAGGACUGGACAACGUGGCCAGCGGAGCCGUCGACGACAGCGUAGACAACUACAACCCGCUGCCCAACAAGAAGUCUCCGCCUGCCAACGGCAAAAAGACAAAGGGACGUGUCAAAAUCAAAAUGGAAUACAUCGACAAUAAGCUGCGUCGCUACACGACCUUCUCCAAGCGCAAGACGGGCAUAAUGAAGAAGGCCUACGAGCUGUCCACGCUGACCGGGACGCAGGUGAUGCUGCUGGUGGCCAGCGAGACGGGCCACGUGUACACAUUUGCCACGCGCAAGCUGCAGCCGAUGAUCACCUCGGAGGCGGGAAAGCAGCUCAUCCAGACCUGCCUCAACUCGCCGGAUCCGCCCAGUGUGGGCGGCGGCGACCAACGGAUGUCGGCCACCGGGUUCGAGGAGACGGAGCUCAGCUACAACAUCGCCGACGAGGACUCGAAAGUAAGACAAUUGAUAUACGGUCACCACGGGCACGCUCAUCUAGGUCACCCGCCGGCGCCGCCCUCGCACUACAGCCUCGAGCAGAGCCUGAUGCAGUCGGGCUACAGCGGCGGCCAGGCCUCGCCGCUUUCCCACGCCCAGUACGGCGGACACGGGCACCACGCCCACGUGCCGCACGUGCCGCCGCCGCAUUCGACGCACUCGCACAUGUCCCACACGCAUGCGCAGCGCUAGGCUUCUGGCUAGGAUUCCUAGGCAAUAUCCGGGACUUGGUUUGUUGUGCGGUGAGAGCGGAAGGGGUGUGGGGUGAUCCUGUUCAGGCUAAAGCUUUCUUUAUCAGUUCCUUUAAGAUAGGCUUUUAGGAUGCUAUGAUCCACUGGGCUUCGCCUUCUGGCUUUUACUUGCCACUAGCGUAAAGUACAGGCUAGUUAACGAAGUUCCAUAGACCACACCAAAAUGAAUGGACCACUUAAAAAUUGUGUAUUGCUUUAAAGUCUAAAAAGACCGCUCCUCGACGUUUUCCCGCUCAAAUACCAAGUCCGGUUAGUUAGACAGCAGUUGAUAUGUUUAGCAGAUCCAAAGUGCAGCAAAUGGCUUGAUGGCAACUUCGAUACGCGUACUCCGUAGUUCGUAUUUCGGAUCCAUGGCCAAUACGAUCUCGCCGCUCGUUUUGUUCUUGUUUACCGCAGAUAGCAGUGUUUGUGUUUAUUAAUUUACAUUACAUGUAUUUACGUUUUUUGUAUACUAGUCAAGACUCUACUUAAAGGCGACUGUGCCAUAGCAAGCUACAGCCCCUCCCCAGUACAUCGUACUUCCCAUAGCAAUAGACCCAGUGCCCCCAGCUGCAGCUUCCAACCCAGUGCCAUUCUACCGAACCACUAGAUAACUAGACCACUAGAGACACAUCGAGACACAUUGAGACACAGCCGAGACUGCUUAGUUAGUCCUUAAAGUUAAGCCGCAAGUGCAAUACCACACACAACUUAGCAGAAGUAGCAGAAGCAGGAUACUUUCCGCAAGUAUUUGCUGUACAGAGUCUAGAGUGUAAACAGCUACUGUGCGUUUACGAAACUUAGUUAAAACAAGUUGAUAGCAAAUAAUAUAAAGCAAUAAACGUCGAAGGCGCCGGCGGCCGUUUUCCUGAGUGUGAGUGAAUGCGUGUGUGAUGAGCGUGCUCCGUAAAGUUAAGCGUACUUUCCAGAUUCGUUAGCCUAAUGUUAGUUGUAUUAUGUUUAUUCGAUCGAUCCGAUUGGCUUUUACUGACCCCUACUAACUGGAGUGUUGCAUGAGGAAUCGCUCAGAAAGAAUCCAGUUCCAAAUCGCUGCGUGCAACAUGGCCACUUUCUACUCACAUUUGAGCUGUUUGCUUUUCGCCUUUCUACUAAUAUUUAUUGUACCCAUACUUGAACCUAAAUACCUAAAUACCAAAUUAAAACAGCUCAAAGCAAGUUCUCUCGUAUCCAUUUUAAUUUUAUUUAUAACUUAAUGUUUACUUCGUUAGAGAAAAUACUCAAGAGCACGUAAUUUAAAAAAUGAAACACACUUUUCUGUCAAACAGAAAGCCGAGUAAUUUCUUACAUACUAGUUAAAUUUAUUAUUUAAAGAUCGUGAAAACGACGCAAAUCCAAUAACCCUAAAGCAAUUUACCCAGUAAGCCAUCAACAACAUAUGUUUAAAACACCACAAAAUAGUAUCUACAUAUCAGAAACAUAAAUAUAUAUAUAUAUUA